UUUACAGCGCACACGCAUGAUAGGGAAUUUUGACUUUGAGCUAUUGGGGACUGUUUUGCGGUUUGAUUGCAUAGAAGAUGAAUAUUUUUGGAAAAAUUGUAGGAAUCUAGAAGAGAAUUGAGGUUAAGAGAAAACAAAAUACUUUUGUGGGGAUAGUUUGAGUAUCCACGUGAGCAGCACUGUAAAGUGGGCUGGUGUCUUAUCCAAGAGGCAAAGGGGAGUCAUGUUAGAUGUCUUAAUGGGACUGUUUGUUGGUCUCUGUUAAGGCAUGAGAUCAGCAUGUCACACUGAGCUGUCAUCAUCAGAUGCAAGAUCUUGAAGAAGAACCAAGAAUCUACUUCCAGUUAAACAUCUUGCUGAGCCUGUCUGUCAGUUAAUAUGAGCUGGAAAGUGGGGAAACUGGACCAAUGAAGAUCUCUGUACAGACCUAACCUGAGCCCAGGUGUGUCAUGAUGUUUCGGCUUCGAUCCAUAAAGCCCUGCCUCCGGAGGCUCCUUCAUGGGACCAUGGUCAACAGAGAUCAGAUCCUGGAGCGGCUGCAGGUCUGCUCCAUUGAAGACCAGCUGUUUGAUGUGGUGGGCAAGAACACAGCAAAACUUACAGUGGACCACGUGAGCUGUGCUGUGAACUUGCUGUGGCAGUUUCAGAAAGAGAGACCUGAAGUGCUCAGGACUGUCGACCUCAUCAAGACUCACCCGCAGUUCUUGACUCUUCGGGUUUUGGCAGAGAACAAAAUUGCUCUUAUGGAUGAUUUAAUGCUGGUCGACAUGCUUUACAUUUUCCUCAGGCUGAAUGUAGAACAUCACGACUCUCUUGUGCAGCAGAUGGUUUCUGAAGCUUGGCUAAGAAUAGACAGACUUCCAAUGUCAUCCCUAUCCAAGUUUUCUGUGUGUUUGAACGACCAGCACCUUCAACACAGUCCUCUAAUGGGUCAGGUCACCAGCAUUAUGGAUCAGAAGUUGUCAUCUAUUGAUGAUGCCAGGAUCCUAACUGCUUUGAUGAUUAGCGUGUCGUCACUCGUGUCUCCUCGGCUACGGGACGCUCUCAUAAGCAGAUCAGAUAAUCUCCUGCACACUGUGGAUCCCUCAAAUUUUAACAUCCCACGGAAGAUGGUGCAGUUCCUGCGGAACAUCAAGUACAUUCACCGACCCCUGCUGGAGAAGUGCAACGAGAUCUUUUUGCGCAACAUUCCCAGAAUGAAUGCAGAGAAUAUCAGCAUCGUCCUGGGUCUGUAUCAGUCCCUCCAGUUCAACAACUGUGACUUCAAGCUGGCUGCUAAGCAGAAGUUGACUGAACUGAUUGACACAUGCACUGAUCCUUUCUCUUUCACUAAAUUGUUUGUUGCGCUGGCUCCCAUGGCCAGUCCGGAGAGCAGAGAGAGGUUGGAGAACAUGGCCCUCCUGCUGGUAGAUGAGUUUAGUGCCCACCAGGCUCUGGCUAUAGCUGAAGCAUUGGAAGAGAUCCAGAGCAGAAACCUCAGCUUGCUGAGCAAAAUUGCAUCGGUAAUCAAAAAGAACCUUCAUGUCUACAAGUCCGUGGAGGUGGUCAGGAUCACUCAGGCGCUAUUGUUGUUGCAGCAUCAGAACCCAGAGCUCUUUACAAAAUUAAGGAGCACUGUGCUCAACUUUUUGCAGCAGAGUUUCUACCCCUAUGAGGUGACCAUGCUGAUUCGAGUGCUGUCCACGCUGCCCUCCCCGCGCCUGGACGAGGGCAUCAUCUCGCGGGUGGACGCGGUCGUAGAGCAGUGCAGCCUCGCUGAGCUCAACACCCUUUCAUUUGCUGUUGCCAAGUGGCUGCGGAAUGACCAGUCCUACCGCCACAACACCACCAGCAAGUACGUGCGGCUGCUUCAGACGCUGAGUCGCUGCGGCCAUGACAGGCUGCACACGGCUGACCGGCUGGACUUGUUGCUAGAGGAGCUCAAGUUCAUCUCGGGGGAGUGGUUUGAGGAGAUGCUGCUCGAGGAGACCAUGAUUACGCUGAAAAGGAUGGUCGACCAGAUCAGCUGGGCCAAUGCACCCGAGUUGGCCUUCUUCCUGACCAGGACAAAUCAUCGCUGCCCUCCGCUGAUGGACAAAAUUGCCAGUGUGGCAAUUGCAGACAUUGACAAGAUUCACUACUCUGCAACAUAUGCCACCUUGCUGCCCUUUUCUGUCCUGAACUAUGAUCCUGUGCAGGCAGACGAGCUGUAUGAGACUUGUAUUAAGCGCUUCACUCCUCAUAUCAGCUCCUUUGACCCACAUCUUCUAGUCCUCUUUGCGUACUCCAUGGCAGUAGCGGACCAAUUUCCUGAAGAGCUAAUUAGGGAAAUUUUCAGCAUAGAUUUUCUGGGAAAGCUGGACUCCCAAUUGGAAACACUACCCGAUGCCCUCAACAUGCGAACGCGGCUCCGCCUGAUGGAGCUCAAUCGUGCCGUGUGUCUCGAGUGUCCCGAGCUCCUGGUGCCGUGGUUUCAUGACCAGUACUGCCAGCAGCUGCAAAGAAAAGGGAAUGGAGCAAUCAGUCCAGUGCAACAGCAGAUCCACAAAAUGCUUGGCGAAGUUCUUGGUGGCAUUAACUUUGUCCAAGUAGCAGUUACCACUCCAUAUUUCUACAACGUAGACUUUGAAUGUAAAUUGGACAAACACUUGCAGCCGCUGCCCUACACCGAGCCGAGCACCCUGCAGAUCUCGGACAGAGGAAAGGUUUACUGGAACUCAACAACACUGGAAAACAUCCGGGACGAGCUGCUGCCUGGAGCUCAGCGUGUUGCUGUGGACUUCCUUGAUUCGAAGUUCUUCUGCAAAAAUUCUCAUCAUUUGAAAGGUGAAACUUUAAUGAGAAAGAGGCACCUGGAAAUUCUCGGAUAUCGCGUUGUUCAGAUCCCUCACUUUGAAUGGAACUCUAUGGAACUUUCAACACAAGACGCUUGGAAGGAAUAUCUGAAGAAGAAAAUACUCGGAUAGCUUCUUAUUUGAUAAAACAAUGACAUAAACUGUUACACUGAGCACUGACUCACCCUAGUUUCCAAAAGACUUUGGCAGUGAAGAGUUAAUAUCCAUGAAGUGCUCCUUAUUUUUUGUUGAAAUAUAAUCUAAAAUUGGCAUGAAUCUACCUCAUUCAUGUUAAAUAAGAUCAUGUUUUAUGUGCUUUUGUAUUAAAAUAAGUUAAAUGUAAUAAAUCUUGUAUUAUUUUCUACUUUAUGCAUUUAAUUGUGGAGUCACUUAUGAGAUUAGUAUCAGCAUUGCUGGUUCCUUGUGUGUUUGUGUUUGUGUGUGGCCCGAGUAAAUAUUUUAUUUGUGUUGAAACAAAAGAAACAAACUAAAAUGCCGAACGGACUCAUUGAGUUUGUGAUAUUUUAAUGGUAUACAGUGUAUUUUAGGG